UCCACCCGGCGGAAUAGUACAACGCAAAAGUCAGGAGAACAUAUAACAUUGCUUUACCAUUAGGGAUGGACAUGUUAAAUAGUUUCUAAUAUUUACAAUAAGUUAAAUGAUUUGUCUUUGAUAGUAAAUUGAUUUCGCAUUGAUUUUGCAUUGUCCUGCAGACGGCCAUGGUGCGAUACAUUGCAUGUGUUAUGCUCCUGGUGACGUGUGUGUUUAUCGUGUCCACCGAAGCCUGGCAAGGACACUACGAGACAGUUGCAGUGCGUCGACCCAUAGAGCGUAGAUACUGCGUAUGUUCCUUUUGGUGGUGGGGAUGUUCUCAUUGGCGAUACUAUACAGAUUAUUACACCGACUACAUCAACAGAUGCCGGCCCGGCUAUACGCAUAAUGGAAACGAAGAUUGCAGCAUUCCCAUCUGCAAUCCUAACUGCGAAAACGGUGGGAAAUGCUCCAGCCCGUAUACAUGCAGCUGUCCUACAACCUCCAGCGGCCCAUACUGUAGAACAUUGACGUGCUCCUACCAACGCCCGUGUUACCCAGGACAAUGCUUGGAUGGCGCCACCUGCAACUGUUCCUCGGGAUUCUCAUCCGUCAAUAUAAACGACGGCUGCAUCAACUUCAAGGAAAGCGAAGAGCGUCUUCGGCCACAAAUUAUCCAAUCGAACGUCACCAUUCAAAAUAUUCGUAGAUUCGACAAAAGAAUCAACUUCAUGUUUGCCUUAGAAGUCCUGGAUGUAAACUCUUCGCUCGUUUGGAGCAACCAGCAAAGGUUUAACAACUUGCGGUUUGAAAUGAAAGCCAUAUUUGACGGUCUUGAGAACCUCCCAGAGCGUCCCACCUACGUUCAUGAAACAGCAAUAGGCAUCGUACAGAAUAUCAUCACCGCCAAUGUGAGCAAAAUCCCGAGAGCUGGCGGCCACGUCCGGGACUACGGCUCGUUUAAGGAAUACGCGUGCCAAGGGGGUGGGUCCAGAGACAGUCCGCAAGAGGAAUCCGCUAUAUGUGUUAUGGAUGAUGACCAGUUCCUGACCCUCAUUGAGCACGGCGAUUGGCUAACUGUCCAGUUCCGGUCUACAAGCGGUGGUUUCCAGAAGCUCUUGAACAUUGACCAGGGCAGCAUACCUUACGCAAUCAAGUACUACAAGGGGCUGUCAGUCAUCAAGACUGUUGAGUUCCGAUUUGACUUCAUAGCCCCAAAGCAUUGCUCAGAACUGGACAAUAGCCUCUGCCCAAAUGGUUCUACAAUAUUAGACAUACUAGAAGUGUACACUCAGAACUCUAUUAAAUCACGUUGGCUCGGAUGGACUGACGAACUCUCUGGGGUUCAAGAAUACUAUAUGGAAGUGUUUAAACUUCGGCCGAACAGGGACGAACGCCUGAUAGAGACCACCCCUUUAAACCCCGAGUUCAAUGCCACAGUGCUGAACACUAACGGUACCAUUCAAUAUCCGGAAUAUAGGCCCACGUCUCCUGGAAUGUUCAGUGUACUCUUGGAGGUACGUGACUUCUCCAACAAUUCUCGUGUUGCCCGCCAGUUUGUGUUGUACGACGCCACCUCCUCUGUAUCACUGAACAAUGAGACCGCCAAACUGUACGUGUCGUCUGCUGUUCAAGAGACAGGAUACACAUGGCAGACACCCGCGGUUACAGGUAAUCAAGUGACAGUUAGUGUUGCUUGGCCGAAUUAUUUUGUAAACCACGUGCAUGAAGACGGACUUUUCCUCGGGGAAAUCGAGCAGUAUCCGAUUCAGUUCAAAGAAAUACAAGACGACGGCGUUCUAUACAGUCAAAAGUAUGUAGCAGACGCUCUGGAUGACAACGUGGAGCCCCGAACAAGGAAGGCGAUCCCCAACUUCCACGGUAUCGUCAAGUAUGAGAUCGUGUGGCAGCCUACAGUAGAUAAGAACGAACCCACUUCCGGUUGGCAACUAAUACCACUGAAGGAAUCUUAUAGUGCCCAAAGGGCACUAGAAGACGGGGACAAGCUACGUGUUUGGAUUCGGGCAACAGAUAUCAUGGGUAACACAAAGGCCGACAGCACCGUGGUAAAAAUAGACGGCACUCCGCCAAUACUACAGACGAACCUUACAGGAAAAGACUAUGGAUUGAAACGAAAUGUUGCUGACGGACCGUACAAUUUCAGCUCUAAGAUAACAUUUGCAGCCUCGGACAGUAGCAGUGGAGUUUAUAAGAUUGGUUUUAAGGUUAUUGUGAAGCCGCAGACUGGAGCUACCAAGGAAAUGUACAGUAAUUUUACAGCCGCAAGCAUGCAGACGGACCUUACGAACCCGUUCUGUAAGCCUGUUGACGAUGUGUGUUUCCUGCCAGACCAGACCCUCUACUUGGACAACUGCUGGCUGACCGUCGCCAAGUCUGAACUUGACACGGCCACCGCCAUGGUGGAGGUCUCUGCCUUUAACCAGGCCAUGCUCUCAACAACGACAUCCUUCAAUAUUGGUAGAAUAAACAGCCUUCAAGGUCUGGAGAAAUACAACGGCCCUCAGAACUUGCGAGUGGUGAACAAGUCACCGACUGGUUUCAGACUGGAAUGGGACCUGCCUACAAGAGAAUCCUGCUAUGGAAGGGCGGACAUUCUGAUCAUCCUAUCGCGGAAGAACGCGAUCGGUCAGGAAGUACUACACACGUUCUAUACGCCAGGUACCAGCACGUUUUUCGACAUUCUGGGACUCGACCCGGAGACUGAGUACACUCUGGGCUUGAACAUUUAAUCACGGGGAGGCAGUGCUCAGGAAACGGAUCUUGCAGUUGUCACACGGACAGAGAAGCAAGCGAGCGCUGGUGCCUCAACUGGUGGGAUUGUUGGAGCUGUUGUUGUGGUAUUGGUUGUUGUUGUCAUCGUUGCUGUGGUGAUGGUGAUACUCAUCCGCCGCGGAGUGAUCCGACCUGCUGAACGCGCGCGAAAGAU